CAGCCGCCGCCGCCGCCGCCGCCUCCCGCGUCCACUAGGGCACACGCUCCCCUCCCCGCCCCUCGCCGCCAGCGAUGUCGGACUCCGACGAGUACGUGGAGCUGCCCGUGUCGGAUGACGAGGGGGAGGAGGACUGGGAGGAUGGGGAGUCGGAGGAAGAGGAGGAGGGGGAUUCUCGCAAGAAGGCCGAGCAGCACGUGGAGGAGCUCAAGAGGCUGCAGGAGACGGAUCCUGAGUUCCACAAAUAUUUGCAAGAGUGUGAUAAAGAGCUCUUGGAUUUCAACGACGAUGACAUUGAUGAUAGCGAAGGAAGUGACGAGGAACCUAGUUCUGUUCCUAAGGAAAAACCGGAACAAAUUAUAAAACCUAUUACAAUGCAAAUGGUUGAUUCCUGGUGCCAAGGUGCAGAAGAUGGGAAGAUAGGUUCUAUCCAGUCUAUUCUUCAAGCAUUCCGGAAAGCCUGCCAUUAUGGUGAAGACAGUGGAGACAAUUCAGCGCCGAAAUUGAGUGUCAUGUCUGGCAGUGUACUUGACAAAGUCAUGCACUUUGUUUUGAAAAACAUGGAUAGGGUCCUGCGCCAAUUGCUUGAUGCACCUAGCUUUGGGGGGAAGAAAGAAACAAUUAGUGAGCUGAUGAUCACUCAGCACUGGAAGAGGCAUGGGAGAUUAAUGAGGUUAUACCUUAUCAAUGCACUCCACAUGAUUACAGAAUUGACAGACGAGCAAAUGAUAGCAUUUACUGUACAUCGUGUUAGAGCGUCAGCUGUUUUUCUGACAGCCUUCCCUGCACUCCAAAGGAAGUACGUUAAGGCUCUGCUGCAUACCUGGUCUAGAGGACGUGGUGCCAUGCCUCUUGUUUCAUUUAUGUUCCUUCGGGAUUUGUGCAUUCAACUUGGUUCGGAGUGCCUUAAUACGUGCCUUAAGGGUAUCUACAAGGCUUAUUUGGUGAACUGUAAAUUGUCCAAAUCGAUUAGUGGAUCAAAACUGCAGCACAUUGAAUUUCUUGGUAAUUGUGUCAGAGAAUUGUACAGUGUGGAUCCACAAAGUGCGUAUCAACAUGCUUUUGUUUUCAUCCGUCAACUGGCAGUCAUCCUAAGGGGUGCUCUUACUGAAAGAGGACCAAAGACAUCGAAGGACAAAAAACAGAAAGAACCAACAAAGAAACAGACAGAGAAAUCCUACCAAAAAGUUUAUGAUUGGCAAUACAUAUUCUGCCUUGAGCUCUGGACUAGUGUUGUGUGUGGAUGUAGUUCUGAGGAAGGCCUUCGGCCUUUGGCUUAUCCACUAACCCAGAUAAUACAUGGUGUAGCAUGCCUGGUACCUAGUGCACGUUACUUUCCUGUGCGCCUUAGAUGUGUGAAGAUGCUUAACCGCAUUGCUGAAGCUACUGGUACCUUCAUUCCGGUGUCUUCUCUGCUGCUUGAUAUGCUGGAAAUGAAAGAACUUGGAGGGAAACCAGAUGCUGUAGGCAAAGCUGUGAAUAUGUUCAGCGUUAAACAGGUAGAUAAGAAAACAGUGAAGACGCGUGCCUUUCAGGAAGCAUGCAUUUAUUCUGUGGUUGAUGAGUUAGCUAAGCAUUUGGCCCAAUGGAGCUACUCCAUUGCAUUCUUUGAGAUGUCCUUUUUAACAGCUGUUCGGCUUCGGAACUUUUGCAAAACUGUUAAGGCUGACAGAUUUCGGAGAGAGAUGAAAGAUCUUAUCCAUCAGAUAGAGGCCAAUGCAGAGUUUAUAAAAUCAAAGCGUGCAGGAAUCGGAUUUUCUCCUAAUGAUCCAGCUGUGGAUUCAUUUCUACAGGUUGAGAAGGAAGAACGGUCAAGUCCUCUAUCAAAAUAUGUUGCUACUCUACACAAGAGAAGUCAAGAUAGGAUGGACGCUCUAGAUGAGACAAGCAUUAUUGUGGGGGCAGAGUCCUCAACCUUUUCACGGAGGUUGUCAGAAGCAGAGAAGCAACAGGAUGAACAAGAUGAUGGCGAUGAUACCAUUGAAUUCAGUAAGGACUGGUUGAGUGAAAAGAAGAAAACCAAAACUCCAAAGGAGAAGAAGAACAAAAAGCGAGCCCGUGAUCAUGACGAUGUCGCUGCUGAGGAGGAUAUCGUCGAGGAUUUGGUCCUGAGUUCAGAUGAGGAAGACGGAGAUGGGAACAAUAAUAUGGAAUCAGAUGAGGAUGCCUCCAUGCCUGUUGAAGAUGACAGCGAUGACGACUUUGUAGACCCGGAUAGCCAGUGGAAGAAGCAGAAGGAGAAAUCAAAGAAACGAAACAAGCGCCCGCCAUCAAAGAAGGCAUCAUCAUCAGCAACGAAAAGAAAACCACAUCCCAAGAAGAAGGCGAAACAUUAGACAGAUAGACAGUAGUCAGGGCAGACAAACAACGAUGUUGAUGUGUUUUCAAUCAUGAGAGAAAAACAGACGCAUCACCAAAAAUUUUGUUUUAGUUGAGAAAGACAUCUCCCAUUUCAUUGCUUAAUCAUUCGGCUUUGCUGAUAUUGUUGAUUUUGCUCCAUGCAUCAUUCGUUCUUUCUAGCAGAUUGUGUGCUGAGUUAAGCUACCAGGAACUACCUGGCAAAUAUUGAAUGAGCUGAAGACCUUUUGCAUGAAACGUAAUCAGU